GUCUGGAUUGGACGCAUGUUAAAAUUUUUCCGAGUGAUAUUAUCUUGUUGAUAAACUUAAGCUAAAGCUAGAAGUGUUGAAAGAAACAUUAAUUAAUUUCGAUAAUUAAUAUUUUCAAACUAAAAUUGAGUUAUGAUCAAUAGUGUUGUUUCCUUUGUUGUCCUUCAAAAGACGCUGUGAAAUGGUUGGAUCUCGGUCCUUGAUGGUUUAUGUCGACGUCCUCACUAACUGAAGUGAAAGUUGUUGUGGUGAAAAUGCAUCUCUAAACAGUGAGUGCUCCGUACCGGAGAUUGGAAAACUUUGUGAAUGGAAAACGUGAACUUCCAACCAAGUGGCGAAGAUAUAGAACGGGCCCUGAUGGACCUGGGGCCGCUUCUUGGUGUGACCAUCAAGGAAGAGGUGCCCGAUGAUCUGGCCGAGCCAAGUGCACAGCCACCCUCCCAACUUGCUGUUGGGAGUUUGCCUGAUGCACCAGUCGCAGGUGGAUCUUCAGUGGCAGAAGGGGAAGCAGUGGAAAGCAAUGAUAAAGGUUCUGCAGAUUCCCUGGCAUCGCCCACCACGGGCCGAGCGCCUCUAUCUAGUUUGAGAUGUGUGCUGUGCUACAAUUCAUUAGCAAGCUUAACUGGAACACCCAAGCUCAUGGAAUGUCUGCAUUCAAUUUGCGAGACCUGCCUUAAAAUCAAGAUAGAGAUGAUAAAAAGUGCCAACAGCACAGAAUUUCUUGGUGCAGAAAGGGUCACAAUAUUGUGUCCGAUAUGCAGGUUUGAAUGCCAACAAGCAAACAUGAUAGACCAGCGUUUCUUUAUUGAGAAAAUGGCUUUGGAGCAAGUUGGAAAUAAUGGUGCAAUAAGCGGUGACCAGCAAUGCAACAGCUGCGAGGACACAGAGCCGGCCACCAGCUACUGCGUGGACUGCGCGGAGUUCAUCUGCGACAACUGUGUGCUUGCACACCAAAGACUGAAAAUAACAAAAGACCACACGAUAAAAUCUAAGGAGGAGGCGGUGGCGGAGCUGCAGGCCGCGCAGGGCUCCGCGCGCAACGCGCACGACAUGUACUGCACCGAGCACGUGCAGGAGCGGCUCUCUCUGUUCUGUGAGACGUGUGACCGGUUGACUUGCCGAGACUGUCAGCUGCAGCACCACCGCGACCACAAGUAUCAGUUCAGCACCGAAAUGGCCGCACAGGCCAGGUCGAGCAUCUCCUCGCUGCUGUCGGAGGUGAGCUACAAGCGCGUGCUGCUGGGGUCCGCUAUGAAGGUCAUCCGUGACCGGCACGCGCUCAUCGCGGACAAGAAGCGGGCGCUCGUCCACGACAUCACGCAGACCGUAGUCAAGUUAACUAACGCGAUAAACACCCGCGGUAAGCAGCUGGUGCUGCGGCUCAACGAGGUGUGCGACGCCAAGCAGCGGACCCUCACCGAGAAGAAGGAGGCGCUGGAGCAGCUCGCUGCCAUCACCGACCACUGCGUCAAGUUCGUCACGGCGGCGCUCGAGCAGGGCAGCGACACGGCGCUGCUGUACUCCAAGCACUCGGUGUGCGCGCACCUGCAGCGCAUCAAGAGUCGCCGGGCGGACAUACCCAACCCGGAGAUACCCGUCCGGAUCAACCUGGCCCUCGACAAAUUACCUGAACUGAUUCGAGUAUUGUCGACAAUCGGCGCCAUAGUGGUGGACGGCAAGGUGGACGGGGGCUGCGGCGGCUCCCCCGCGGCGACGUCCCCGUACCCCGCGCCCGCCCCCGCCGCCGCCCCCGCGCCCGUCCCCGCUCCCGCCCCCAACAACUCCGCUGUCGUGGCCCUACAGCAAGUCGCUAUGCACCAGACAGUGGAAAGAUAUCAGUCGUACGUGGCGUCGGUGGCGGGCGCGGGCUACAUGUCGCUGGCGGGCGGACGGGCGCGCCCGCACACGCCGCUGCGGCACCCGCACGUCACCUCCACCACGCACCCGCACCACCUGCACGGGAUGAGCGAGCUGAACCUGCGCGGGCUGCUCAACGCGGCGGGACGGGGCCGCGCGCCGCACCCCGCCGUGCACCACGCCUACCAGCAGAUGAUGAAUGCAUACGGUGGCACCGGGUACAACAGCGCUCCCAACCCCGGACAGGGGUUUAACGCCAGUCCAGCCGCCGCCCCCGGGUAUAGCGGGGGCGCGCCCGGGGGUGCCACGGGGGGACUCGUGGGGGGACACGCGGGCCCCACCGGGGGACGGCGCAGUGUGGGGCCCCGCACUCCCUCGCCCGCCCCCCACUACCCUCCCGCUAAAUGGCACAUCCCACAACACAAUUCACACAACGGUGAGUGCGGACCGGAGCUGGCGGCGGGAGGCGGCGCGCCCCCCAGCGGCGGCUCGGAGUACAAGAUCACGCUGUCCCGGCCGCGCCCGCAGCCCGCCGUCGUCACCUCCACCAACCCCAAGACGCCCAGCCCCAGCCUCAACGGCGGCGCCAGCGAGCUGGACGCCGUGUGCGCCGAGUCCGUGCAGGACCUCAUGGCCACCAUCGCCAAGCUGGACUCCAACGGCGUGCAGGUGCUGCCCGAGCACUCCCCCGCGCCGCUCGUGCACUCCUCCACCGACCCCGACCCCGCCCCAGGUAAGAGCUUGGCCACGAAUGCGGCGGGCGCAGCGGGCACGAGCGGCAGCGGAGGCGGAGGCGGGAGCGGGGAUCCCAACGAGGACUGGUGCGCCGUGUGCAUGGACGGGGGCGAGCUGAUGUGCUGCGACAAGUGCCCUAAAGUGUUCCACCAGUACUGCCACAUACCCACCAUAGAAAAACUACCCGACGAGACGGAGAGCUGGCAGUGCCUUCUGUGCGUGAACUUCGCGGAGGUGGGGGAGGACGCGGCGCCCGGCGGCUCCGGCGCAAGCCCGGGGCUGGGCCCCCGCAUGCAGCGGCUCGUGGAGAGGAUCACGCUGGAGCUGUACUGCCAGUACGAACUCAGCCUGCACUUCAGGGAGCCCGUGCCGGCGGAGAACCUGCACUACCACUCCAAGAUCGCUCGGCCCAUGUGCCUGGACGCCAUUCGCAUGAAGCUGCAGCCGGGGUCGGCGUCCCGCUACGCACACGUGGAGCGCUUCCUGGCCGACGUGCGCCUGCUCUUCCGCAACGCCUACGCCUACAACCCGCCGGACUCGCAGGUGUACAAGGACGCGAAACGACUCGAAGAGUUCUUCGACGCUCAACUGUUGAAGUGGCUCCCGGAGUACGCUUACUGGAACGGCGAGGCCGAGGGCGAAGCGCCCACGAAACGACCCCGACUGGACUGACAAGACGCUCCGGCGCCACCGCGCGCCCCCGCCCCCGCCACCUACCCCUCGUCCUGCAUCACGACGAGCUCCAUAGCCCUGGUGCAGUCGAGGACCCAGUACGCGGCGUACAACCCUCAGAUGCUGCCCUCGCUGAUGGCUCCUCCGCAGCCCUGCACCACCAUCCUGCAGGGCAUGCAGUGCUCCAGAUAUCUUCCUCACUAGAGGUCCGGUUCAUUUAUUACAGUCGGAUCGAACAUUCUGGAACAGGCGAGGCGACUGCUUCGCUCAUUGCGCCGCGCGUUAGUACUGUAAGGGUUAGCGACGUAAUCAAACGAAUACACAGUACUCGUUCAUGUGAAUAUUCUCAUUGUUUAUUACGUAAGCAAAUUUAUCACAAUAUUUGUAGUUAAUACUAGGUAUUUCUGCUAGAGUUAAGAUGUUAAGAAAAGUUCCUCUACGGUUGUUGUGAGACCUUCCAUUUCACGUCCCUCGGGCCGCGACGUGAGGUCACUCUCAGUCAUCACAUCCGCGUUCAAUAGCAAUAGUAGAUAAAACCGUGUCCUCGGCGUUACCAUGGUUACGGAUAUAUCACAAGUAACCUGAGCGAUGCGUCUCCCUUACUGCGAGCUGGAGCUCAACUCUACGAAGGGCGCGGGACUAGAUCAUUCUUCACAUCAGCGUGCUUGGAACAGUGUUCCAACUCCAUACAAAUUUAAGUUAACUUUGACGCUAUCGAGAGCGUUAAAAAACUCACACUGAGCACACUGAAAGCCGUAAUGAGAAAGGUGUCGACGAGUAUUCACAGAACUGGAAAUCAACUGUAAAACUGUUUGUCAAAUAUACUAAAGUUUGAUACCAGCGGAGGUUUGAACUCUGGCACAGUCGCAUCGCUCCAUACGAAUACACCGACCGUCUUACCCGUCAAUGUAUUUCAAAAUAUUCAACAACAACAAAUUAGUAUCAUAAUUGGAAUGAUGCAAUUUUUAUCUUUGGUUGAGUUAUAAUUACAUAUCUCGAUGGAUCACUUUUGACUGUCGAUGGAAAUUGCAUCUUAUGUGUAUGCGCUUAAGACGUAUUAAGCUAGAACACGAAAUCAAAUGUGCUCUUGUUCCUAUAUGAGUUAUAACGAAAGUUAUGUUUUGGAUUGUGGACAUCUGUGAUAUGACGGAACAUUGACCGCCAACGACGUUUUAUUUAUAUAACGUAAACGCAAUUACCAUUAUUUAUUGGGGUUUUGUUUGUUGGCAACACUAAUAUCUGUUGGAAGAGAAGAGAAAAUGCAAAUAAAUCUGUUAUUAUUAAAGUUUUAAUUUUUUAAAAUUUCAAGUCCGAAAUGACGAAAAAUUUACGCAGCAAUUUGAAGGGAUCUCUGCCAUACGAGGCUGACCCGAUCUUCAUAUUUUGUAGAAAUAGAAGGUAGUUUACGAUACGGAAAUAACAAUAUAUUUAUUAAUAAUCAUCAUCAUAUAAUUACAUACAAUUAUGUAUUCUAAACUAAUGCGAAUAGUGAUUAAUAAUGAUAUUAAAAAGUAAAUAGCAUAAUACAUUAGUGAUACCAUUUAAAAAAAAUUGGAUAAAAACUAUUUUUUUAAGCUGCAUUUUCAAUUUGCGGGAAAUUUCGAAGUAUCAAAUGAAAACAUGUAAAAGUGUAAGAAAAGUUACCAUUAACGACUAGCCAGCAACUGUUGGUUCAUCUGAACUAAUAGUUAAUGAGUACUGCUUCUAAUGUGGCUUGUCGAUUUAUGGGAAAUAGGUACCUAAGGGAAAAUAUAGGAUACAUGAGUUCAGUUCAUAGUAGCAAUCGUUUUAUAAGAUUCUCGCAAGUCGUAGAAAUAACGCAAAAAGUCUUUACAUUCUAUCGUUGCCUUUCGUUUGUACAGCUUACGAACAAUAGACAAGCAUGUGACCACAGUGUUGCCAGAAAUUUUAGUUUUGAUAUUUUGAUAGUUUUUUAUUUCGGUGGCCCGUAAGAAGUAUUGUAAUGAAAAAAAAAAGUAAGUGAACAGUAAAAAACAAAGACGAUAGUAUAAUACAAAUAUAUUAAAUCCUUUUAAAGCGAUUUUCAGUACAUCCCUACCUGGUCACGCGUGUUGGCUGAAAGUUUCAUUCGAGGUACAGCCCUGGCUACGCGUUUCGUUUUACGAAAUAAAAAUUUCACUUGUAAUUAAAAAAAAAAGCAUCGCCUAAUAUGAAGGAGCUCUCCUAAUUUUUGAAUUGUUAUAUUGAGCUAUGUAUUUAUUUGCUCUUCGUUUGAUUCGAUUGUGUAGUUAUAAAUAUUUCAAGACUCCAGUAUCAUUGAUAGGUGUAAUGAUAUUAUAAUGCAUAAACAUGUUUGUUGUACAAAAUUUAAAUAUACAGCCACAUAUAAUGCCAUAUGAUUCUCUUCAGUCUAUAGAUCAAAAAUACGAAUUCCUUCGCUUUGAAGUAAAUCUUAAAAUUCGUUCAUGUACAGACAGUUGUACACACAAUAGAACUACAUUUCUAAAUUAUGUAGUUAUAUUUUUACAUCACAAUUAUAAUACUAUAAUAUAAGUAAGAGAAUUUAAUAUAUACAUAGUAUUAUAGUGAAAAUAUUCCAAUUGGAAUUCUAAGGUCGACGGUGAGUCUCAAGUUAAAUUCGAGAAAGGCGUAAUAAUUUAAAUAUAAUUAUUUCCAUUAAAACUAUGAUGAUUGUUUAAAUCGACUUGCGCGUCGACUUAACUGAUUGCGUGACAUUCUCAUUGCCUUAUGGCGGAACUAGUGAUUGAUUUUAGCGGUUAUUGGAACCGUUUAUUGUCCCCAAUUGGAGCCAUGAGGUCGAAGUCGCAAUCGUACUGUUAUAAUACCCUCUUGUUCCUAGCUUUGCUUCCAUCAUCACCUUUCCCGAAUAGCAUCAACACUUAUGAUCCCUUAUUAAACAAUCAGUCCUAUUCCUAAUUUCACACGGCAGGGUUGCCGUCAUUGUCGUGGUAAAUUUUUGUAUGUCUAUGUCAUUAUUUUUUAAAAAGAUCUUUUCUCAAUUCCGUAUAACAGUACUGAAGCCAUCGCGACAAAAACAACCCAGAUUUUUUACCUACCCGUGUAGGCCAUAACGCCACUAGGCUCAGCUAGAAGUUAAAAUGGCAAUGCAAUCAAAUCGCAGAGCGAGAUGUGGUGACAAUGAAACUAUGCAAGUGACAUUUACAUCCAAAAGUAAAACAUUUUUAUGUUAAUAUUGGACAAUAUAUCAUUUAUAAUAGGCCCCAAGGCCAGACCUCUAGGGUCACAAUAAUAUGCUAAAUUAUAGGGGAUAUAAUCGCCCAGGUUAAAUUAUUUGAACCCAGCAUCAGCGGUAUGCUCUCUUGAUAUUAAAAAAAAAAUCACCCCAUAGUUGAUGAUGCUAUGUUAUUUUUUUUCUGUUUGUCAUACAGCACAUGACUGGGAGAAGGGGUCUCAGCAAACGUUGUUUUGAUAACGCGACUGUUUUAGUUUAAUUAGUUUUAAUGACGAAACUUGUCUCAAUUUUGGAGCCGUUUGGUCGUAGGUGAGUAGUUCGGGUCAGCUCAGAGACUGGACAAGUGACGAUGUUUUGUGCUUUUUUUUAUUUAAUUCUUCGUGUAAUAUAUCCUAGUUAAGGAUAAGGGCAUUUUUUUGAAGUAAAUGUAAACCACCCGCCCGGUAGGUUGGUGCCAGUCGUAAAAAAAUUGUACAUACGACUGAAUGGUUCCAAAUUUUGUGCACUGUAACGUGAGAAUAUUAUAUUCUAAGUUGUGUAUUUUUAUUUUGUAGUUGAUGAUAUUUCUUGAAAUAUAUUGUUGUCUUAUUAAUUAUUUAGGUCUCCAGAUAGUAAUCUCCUGUAAGUAUUAUAAUUAUUAUUAUUGAAAUUAGAAAUUAAAUUACAUUUAUUGGA